ACGUUCUUCGGGGGAAAUUGAUUAAACGUAAUUUAACGUUAGGUUAAGUAUCGUUACAUUGCUUUAACGCAUCUACAAGUACGAGGACUGUAGCAGGGUAUCGGUACUUUGCCUUUUGAGUAAGUUACGUGUUUGACAUGCGCACAUACAUCCACCACCAGCAGCAACAACCCACCGUCUGACACCGACACACCGUGAGGACAGAGCCCGACAGACGGAUCAACAUCCGCAGGGAUGUAAAUGAGACGGACUCGGGCUCAGCGGGGACGGAAGGCUAUUGUCAGAGAAUGCCACAGCAAGCGAACACACCGUCUGCGUUAGCUCACGAUUGUACACAGUUAGCUCUCACACAUAUAGCGAAUAAUAUUGAGUCGUGAUUAUUAUUAUUAUUUUUAAUUAUUUGCAAGCGGUCCGGCGGAGUGCGUAAAAUCCCCCAGCCAGCAUGCCCCCUGCUCAGAGCCUGCAAUCCAGCGGACUGACUCUCUCCGAAACAAGCAUGGGUUCCUUUAAGAGGAGGAAGAGGAAAUCCAUAAUAGUGACGGUGAUGCUGCUGAUCGUAUCCGUGCUCAUCCUCAUCUUUGGCCUGGCUGCGACAACCAGGACACAGAACAUCACAGUGGGCGGCUACUACCCGGGAUUCAUUCUGGGCUUUGGCUCUUUUCUGGGAAUUAUCGGUGCUCAUUUGAUAGAGAACAAGAGGCAGAUGUUAGUGGCAUCUAUUGUCUUCAUCAGUUUCGGAGUGGUGGCUGCCUUCUGCUGUGCUAUUGUCGAUGGAGUUUUUGCUGCGAGGCACAUUGACCUCAGGCCUCUGUAUGCUGGACGCUGUGAGUAUCACUACAGUGAGACUGCAUCUGACCGCGAUGUCUCCUGUCAGUCAUCACGCACCUCCUGCAACCUGCGUGUGAAGAGCAACACCUGUUACUGCUGCGACCUCUACAACUGCGGGAAAGAACAUCCUCUUAUGGGACUUCAGAAUAAAGAUGUUUUGAAAAAGUUUAGGAAAUCCUCCAUGAUUUGGAAGCCUAGCCGUGUAGAGGUGAUUGGAGGCUACCACGAAUACACAGAUGUGAAGAGCUGCCAGGACGUGGUGCACCUCUAUCACCUGUUAUGGUUCGCUACCAUCCUCAACAUCGUGGCCCUCUUUCUGGGCAUCAUUACUGCUGCAGUGCUGGGAGGCUUCAAAGACAUGACUCCUGCUGCCUCAGAGAGUGCAUCUGAACCUGAGGCCAUUGCAGCUCCAGUGCCCUCACAGCCUCCUCCACCCACCACUUCCCUCAACUCGUAUUACAACACUGCCCCCUGCCUGCCGCCUUACACUGCCUACGACCUGCAGCAGGGCUCCUACAUGUUCCCAGACUCCUCAGGCCUGUCAGAUGACUCCCAGUCUGGAGCCAGCCACUUGUGGCCCACUUUGAUCCCGCCGCGCUACUCACCUCCUCACAACCACCCUGAUGAGAAGCCCCCACCAUACAGCCCAUAACGUGGCACGAGCACAGAAAGCACCUGGCAUGUUGUUAGAUGCUGAAUGAGCAGUUUGAAUACACAGUCCCUCUGGGCUCUUCCUCACAAUCGUUGAAAACUGUGUCGAAGGAAAGGUGGUGAGGAGGGCAGCCACAGAGUACACACUAACUUUGAGUUCAGCCCUACAAAAGGGAGCGAGUGUUUGUCUCCCUGGGCAUCACUCACACUCAUGCCUUCACUGUUUGUGUGUGUGUUUGUGUGCAUAUACACAUCAAGAGAGAGACAACCGGUUCAAAGCCAGGACUGUUUACACAUCUAUCUGCCUUAAUGCAAAUGGACUUCCAGUGCUGCAGCACUCUGUCACCUGCACUUAUUGUGGUCAAAAACUCUCCAGCUCAUAAUUUAUGUUCACCUCUCUUUAGUACAUAUUGUAAAUGCUUCCCGCCUCGAGUGCGCCCUCACUCUUUGCAGUGUGAGGAUCUGGACUGACCUUGUGUCAGAUUAGAUGAAAGCUUUAGUAUCUGUCACUAAUCUAAAUCAGCAAGAAAAUUAAAAGCUGUAGAGCUGUAGGCCCAAGCAGUCGUUUCACUGUACAUUAUUAAAAGGCAAAGUUAGCAGGUGUUAAGUACUCAUAAUGUAUGUAUAGCAGUGAGACAUACAGAUCGUUUCAGCAGUUAAGCCUAAGUUGUACAAACAGAUCAUGGUAUCUAUAUAUCAACUUUUCUGUUUAUGUUCAUAAAUAUCUCAAUCAGUGUGGUGAACUUUGCACAGAUGUAUUCUUAAGUUAACUAUCACUCGAAACCCUAUUUAUUGUAUUUUCACUAAAAGCUGCAAAGCAGAUAAGCAUAUAUUGUGUCUAUUUGUAAGUAGCCGUAAUUUUACAUCUAUUAGUUGUGUUGUCUUUGUCACGAAUAAACACUGGUACGGUUCAGUAUGAACAGUCAGUGCUGGAUUCAUUGACAGGAGAUGGGACAUUGUGAAAAGUCAAAGUUAAGAACUGUUGUUCACUGAGGAAGAGAAAAGUGUAAAGUCAGUCCAUGUCCACAAAACCAGUCUGUCAGCUUUAAUCACUUUUUAUUAUUUAAAUACAUUCUCAGGGACUGAUUGUCAGUUCCCUUUUGUCUUGCCAUUAAAACAUGUUUUGUGUAAAUU